AUGGGCGCCGUAGUUGUCCUCCUGCUCGCCUUCCUCUUCAACACCGAACCGUUCCAGCAGGCCUUCAACACCGCCCAAACCUCCGCCUCCUCAGAUGUCUCUUCGACUGGAACAUCCGAUGCGUUCCUCGCCGCCGUCAAAACACGCCGGUCGAUCUACACUAUCACCUCGGAAUCGCCCAUCCCUGACGACAAGGUCGUGCAGAUCGUCGCCGACGCCGUCAAACACGUCCCGUCCUCCUUCAACGCGCAGUCGUCCCGCGCCGUCGUGCUCUUCGGCGACGCCCACCAGAAGCUGUGGCAGAUCGUCCUCCAUACGCUCAAGCCCAAAGUCUCCCCCGAGCAGUACGAGAUGACCGAAGCCAAGGUCACGAGCAGCUUCGCCGCCGGCCACGGCACCGUCCUGUUCUUCGAGGACUCCGCCCCGGUCACCGCGCUCCAGACCGCGUACCCGUCCUACGCCGACAAGUUCCCCGGCUGGGCGCAGCACACUAGUGGCAUGCUCCAGUUCAUUGUUUGGACCGCGCUCGAAAACGAGGGCCUCGGCGCGUCGCUGCAACACUACGCACCGCUCAUCACCCCUCAGGUCCUCGCCGCCUGGGGUCUGCCCGACACGUGGGAGCUCGUCGCACAGAUGCCGUUCGGGACGCCAUCCGCACCACCGGGCGAGAAGACAUUUUCGCCCGUCGAGGACCGGAUCAAUGUUUUCGGUGUAUCGUAG